CUGUUCCCCAGGCAUGACCUAGAGGUGCCCGGGCAUGCAGGGAGCCGCUAGAACCACGACAGCCACCAUGCACAAGGCUGCUGAAGGUGAAGAGCUCGCGGACCUCUUCAGACUGAUCCCGGACAUUCUGGGGGCCGCCAACUCGAGUGGCAACGCUUCGCUGCAGCUUCAGGACUUGUGGUGGGAGCUGGGGCUGGAGCUGCCCGACGGCGCGGCUCCAGGGCAUCCCCCGGGCAGCGGCGGGCCCGGGAACUCGGACACAGAGGCCCGGGUGCGCAUCCUCAUCAGCGCGGUGUACUGGGUGGUUUGUGCGCUGGGGCUGGCGGGCAACCUACUUGUGCUCUACCUGAUGAAGAGCAAGCAGGGCUGGCGCAAGUCCUCCAUCAACCUCUUUGUCACCAACCUGGCGCUGACCGACUUUCAGUUCGUGCUCACUCUGCCCUUCUGGGCGGUGGAGAACGCGCUGGACUUCAAGUGGCCCUUCGGCAAGGCCAUGUGUAAGAUCGUAUCCAUCGUGACGUCCAUGAACAUGUACGCCAGCGUCUUCUUCCUCACAGCCAUGAGUGUGGCGCGCUACCACUCGGUGGCCUCGGCUCUUAGGAGCCACCGGACCCGAGGGCACGGCCAUGCUGACUGCUGCUGCCAGAGUUUGGAAGACAGCUGCUGCUUCUCAGCCAAGGCGCCCUGUGUGUUGAUCUGGGCUUUGGCCGCGCUGGGCUCCCUGCCCAAUGCCAUUUUUUCUACCACCAUCAAGGUGAUGGGCGAGGAGCUGUGCCUGGUGCACUUCCCGAACAAGUUGCUGGGUGGUGACAGACAGUUCUGGCUGGGCCUGUACCACUUGCAGAAGGUGCUGCUGGGCUUCGUACUGCCUCUGGGCGUCAUUAGCCUGUGCUACCUUCUGUUGGUUCGCUUCAUCUCUGACCGCCGCGUGGUGGGGACUGAAGCAGCAGCCGGAGGCCUGACCGGAGCCAGCGCUCGGAGACGGUCCAAGGUCACUAAAUCAGUGACCAUCGUGAUCUUAUCGUUUUUCCUGUGUUGGCUCCCCAACCAGGCCCUCACCACGUGGAGUAUCCUCAUCAAGUUCAAUGUGGUGCCCUUCAGCCAGGAGUACUUCCUGUGCCAGGUGUAUGCGUUCCCCGUGAGCGUGUGCCUGGCACACUCCAACAGCUGCCUCAACCCCAUCCUCUACUGCCUAGUACGACGUGAAUUCCGCAAGGCCCUCAAGAACCUGCUAUGGCGGCUCGCAUCACCCUCGCUUACCAACAUGCGUCCUUUCACCGCUACUACCAAGCCAGAGCCAGAGCCAGAAGAUCACGGGCUGCAGGCCCUGGCGCCGCUCCGUGUAGCUGCCGAGACUGACCUGCUCUACUACCCGCCAGGCGUGGUGGUCUACAGUGGGGGUCGCUAUGAUCUGCUGCCCAGCAGCUCAGCCUACUGAUGAGAAGUAAAACUCAGGGUAUGCAGUAAAAAAGGGACCCAACCCUGGCCAGGGACAAAGGAGAGUGGAUAACUGGAGACUGUGGGGCCCCACUUUAAGAAGUAGAAGGAAAGAAAGAGGAAGGUAGAGGAGGAGACCUGUGAAUGGGCUGGAGGGCCUUCUCUGGAGAAGAAAGGUUGCAAGACCAGGCAGAGAAGAAGCUGACAAAGAAGUGGAGAUCAUUCCCACAGGACCUGGUCACCAGUCCUGACUCCCCACCAAAACCCACCCCUGUGUCCUCUCUUUGUGCUGUUUACCCUGGGCAGGACAGGAGCUCCCAGAGACAGAGAGGCAUCAGGAAAGUCAAGAAAUUGGGCCUCCAGGAGUGGGUCCCAGCCAAAGGAUGUACUGAUGACUGAAUAUUUAUUCCACAAAUGCUUAUGGAGCUCUUAUAGGCCUUCAAGCUGCAUCCAGACAGAAAAAGCCACCCCAAAAAUCUUUUCCUUUUCACUUUGGCCUGCAAGACUGCCUUGAGGAGCAAAGGUCUGAGUUUCUGCCCUGGUAGUGAGUUUGGAGGGAAGAGCUCUUUUCAGAGUUAGGAGAAAGGAUUGACCAUGUUGGUCUGUCCCAGGAGAAAUGAGAAGUGAGAGGAGCAAGGGGAGCUAUGGUAUUAUCUGUGUUUCCAACCGGACAAGCAGGCAUAAGCUGAGCUUGACUGCAAGCUUGCCACCUCUGAGCUCAGAUGUUACUAGGGGCAAAGCAUCUGUCUCAAGUGGAAGAGAGAGAUUUAUUUGCGAGUGGCCUUAAUGCAGUGUGAUUAGAGAGGCUGAGUAGAAAAAUGUCCUUAGGACACUGCCUCUAAUGGGACUCAGGUGCUCACUCACUUGGGAACUAAGCAGGAUGUGUAGCAGGAGCACCUUGGAAUCUGGGUGCUCUAGUUCCCUUGCGAACAAGCAGUCUGAGUGCCUGGACACGGGGUUCCCUUUGGUUCAUAUUCUGUAGCUGAGCGGGGCUCAGAAGCAUCCUGAAAAGCUCCCUGGGAGCAAGGGUACAUCUGCAGUCCCCUGUUUUCAUUGUUUGGAAAUUGAGAUGCUACUCUCAUUCAGCCUCUGCACCAGAGAAUGGAAGAGUGCUCUGUGAGGUUUGGGGCAUGCUUAGAAGAGUAAGAGAUGCUGUAGGAAUGUGCAGUGGCUUCCUGUACACCAAAUUCCUAAAUGCUGGAGUCUGUUACUUCAAGGAGAGGUGUGAAAUGGGAAAAAGAAUUCAAGACUAAAGUGAAGUCACUCCAAAGAAAGGAGGCUAUUGGAAAGGCUGUUCUGAGAGAAUCACCAGAAUUUCAAGUGUGAGGUUCUUUAUUGCUCAUAUUAUUUGCAAGGAAGGUAAGAAACAGAAUUCCCAAAGGGUAAUAAUUAACCAAAUUCCUUUUAUUCUAAAGAAUGCUUUGUACAUUGCAUAUGCAUGUUAAAUUCUUCCCUAACUUCCAGACAGUCCACAGGGCUGUCUCUGAGAAGUGAUUCACGUUUUUCUGUGACAGCCCUGUCAGUGUAGCAGUUUAAGAUGUUAAGCUCCCCACAAAGUCCUUUGUUGUUCUAAGAACUGAGAUGAAAUAUCAACUUGUCCAUCCAUCUGCCAGGAACGAUACAGGUGCUACUACUGUUUACUUUGGCAAUCUGGUUUGGGUGUUAAGAAACUGGUAAAGCAGGCACCUCCAAGUGUGGCAGUUUUAAUAAACAAAUAAUCAUUAGAAAAUGUGUCUAAACAGUUUCAUAUACUGUAGAAUUGUUUAGUAAUUUUGUUGAAAUUUUUCACAAUGUCUGAGAUUUAAGGCUCAAAAUAUGAGAUCUACAACUCUGCCAUCCUUUGUCCCAUUGUCUGUAACACGACACAGUACAAUUACGCAACAUUCAUAGAACUUUCCACAGAAACAAAAGCUGCCUGAUUUCAAUCCUGAAAAGUCACCUUUCAGGAAACAGAUUAAUGCUUCUGUUUCAAAGUUGUCAUUUUAGUGUCUUUUCAUUUCUAAUAGGUAAAACUUAUUGAUAUUAAUAUUGACUAGCAACUGGACUAAUGAAGGUUGACAUAUAACCCCCCUAAGUCUCCAAAAUACAAGAAAAAUCAAUAUGGGAAAAAAAUCAAUUACAUACUAUCACAGCAGGAUAUCUGCACACAUCACUAAUUCUAGACUCUUAUCAGAGCAAAUUGACAUUUCAAUUUUGAGAAGAGGACACUGUGUGGGGUAGCUCAGAAUUCUUAGAAAUGUGUGUUGAAAUGUAUUUUUCUGCAACAAUAGGAACUAACAUGAAAAGAGAAGGGGUUGGAGGUAAAGUCUUUAGGAAGAAGCUCUGUAAUAAGGGCAAACUUGUUCAAGUCCAAAGCUGGGCCCUUCUGAAAAAAUGGCAGGGGAAAUCAAAGACGAUAACUUCUACAAUGAGGA